AUGGAACAGAAUCAUCUGCAAGACAAUGUUGCUAUUAAAGUGACAGAUGAUCACUCAAAACCUCUAUGGGAGACAUCUUUAAAUACUCCAAGCCGGAGUGUUCUUCCUUCCGCAGCGGCCCUUUCUCACGCUCGCGCUUCUAUCAUCACCCAGCUUCCACUUAGCGGGCAAGGAUAUACGCACACAAAGGACCAUUUGUUCCAAGAUAUCGUUCCAGGUUUAAACGACAGCGCAACUAAUCCAGCUUACUACGGUUUUGUGACCGGCGGAGUCACACCAGCUGCUUUGCUAGCCGACAACGUCGUUUCUGUCUACGACCAGAACGUGUGUGUUCACCUCGUGGAUCACUCUGUUGCAACUGAUGUAGAGUAUGCCGCGCUGGGUUUACUGAAGGACUUAUUCGGGCUGGAGAAAAAGGAAUGGCCUCACGGAACAUUUACUACUGGUGCUACUGGCAGUAACGUGGUUGGACUGGCAUGUGGAAGGGAGUAUGUUUUGCGAAAGGCUGUUCAGAAAAAAAGGGGGAAUGGUGUUAUAGGAUCAAAGUCCAUCACAGAUAGCGUGGGAGAGUACGGCCUUAUGGCAGUUCUUGAGGCAGCGGGUUUAAAGGGCCUGCAGGUUCUCUCUACUCUACCACAUGCAUCAGUCGGAAAGGCUGCUGGGAUACUGGGCAUUGGCAGGGCGAAUGUCAAGUCCAUAAUCUCCCAAACCGCCGACGCUGAUGGUCAGCCUCUGAAGUUCGACUUCGAGUUACUUGAAAAAGAAUUGGCAAGGGACGACUUCGCCAGCAUCGUGUCUGUUUCUUGCGGCGAAGUGAAUACGGGACGCUUUGCAACCAAGGGACUAGAGGAAUUCAAACGCAUACGUGCACUAUGUGAUAAAUACGACGCAUGGUUACAUGUUGAUGCUGCUUUUGGAAUGUUCGGAAGAAUUCUAAACGAUGAUCCAGAGUUCGAUGUGAUUAAGAAAGGUGGAGAGGGAAUCGAGCUUGCAGACUCAAUUACCGGCGAUGGUCAUAAACUGUUGAACGUGCCAUACGACUGUGGAUUUUUCUUUUCUCGUCAUGGAGACGUGGCAGAGAAUGUAUUCCGGAAUCCUAAUGCUGCCUACCUCUCUUCUUCGGGCGGAGACUCUAUCCCAUCACCGCUAAGUAUAGGGGUUGAGAACUCAAGACGAUUUAGGGCAUUGCCUGUUUAUUCAACCCUUAUUGCAUACGGCAAAGAUGGCUAUCGUACUAUGGUGGAGAGACAGAUUAGGCUUGCUAGGCUGAUAACUGGCUGGCUAUAUGACCACCCAAAAUACACCGUCCUUGGAGGUGCUGGAUCUAAAGAGGAGCUGUUAGAUUCCACCUAUGUUAUUGUGCUCCUCAGGGCUAAGGACGAGAAGUUCAAUCUAGAAUUGACGAACGCAAUAAACGCUACAGGCAAGAUGUUUGUAUCUGGGACAAUGUGGGCCGGGGAGGCAGCAUGCAGAAUCGCGAUCUCAAACUGGAAAGUUCAAGUAGAAAGGGACUUUAUGGUCGUCAAGGAAGUUCUUGAUGGCCUUGUUCAAUGA